AUGGCACCGGAGCUCACCAUGCUACCCGGCGACGUCAUCCUGCUCUCGCGCUCCGUACGCGGCAUCUUCAUCAACUUCCCCCGGUUUACCUUCUCGGAGUUCUUCUCCCGCCCCUCGACGGGCCCGGCGAUCUGCGGAGGGCUGGACUUCUUGCCAUGCACGAUGGGCGUCAAGGUCACGGACCACUGCAACGGGCUCCUGCUCUGCCGCGAUCAGAGCCCCGACGAUGCACGGCCGUGCGAGUACGUCGUCAACCCGGCCACGCGUCGGUGGACGCGUCUGCCCCAGCGUCCUCGGCCGCACGUGCCGGGGUCCGGCCAGACCGCCUACCUCGCUUUCGAGCCCGCCGUGUCGUCGCACUACGAGGUCUUUCUGAUCCCAUGCGUGCCAGCCGCCGACGAAUCAGACGACGACGACGAUGACAACCCGUUGCUCGAGUCAGAGUGGCCUCCCGCAUCAUACGUGAUGCAUGUUUUCUCGUCCGCGACUCAGCGGUGGGACGAGACGACCUUCCUUCGGGAAGGGGAGGCUGCAGGGAUCGUCGCCAACAUGCACACGGAUUCAGAGGACGAUCGGUAUCGUUAUCGUGCCGUCUAUUGGCAAAGCGCGCUGUACGUCCACUGCCAGCAUGGCUAUCUUACGAGAAUGUCCUUGUUAGAUCACACGUACAGUGUAAUUAAGCUACCGAAUGCCAAACAUCCCAACCGCCAUCUGGGGCGAUCAGUGAGAGGGGUGUAUUUCGCAAUAUCUUGUAGUUGGGAUGGAUUUCUUCAGCUUUGGUAUCUCAACGAAUCAUGCAGCCGAACAGAGUGGGUGCUAAAACAUGAUACCCAUCUUCAGAUAUUUGAACAUGAGGACCAACUGGGCAGGCGAUGGAUCUUACAGGAUGUUAACCAUCGUAAGUGGUUCUUUGAGCACAAUGGUAACAAAUAUGGAGAUUACAGAGCGCCGGUGGAAGAGAAAUAUGAUUGGAACUCUGACGAGGAUAACAUCAUUGACAUUGAAGACAAUGCUGGAGAGGGAUAUCACGAUGGUCUUUACUUUCUUGGAUUUCAUCCUUAUAAAGAGAUUGCCUUUUUGAUUUCAUCAGGGAGAGGAGCAAGGGGAAUGGCCUAUGAUUGGAACAACUUAAAAUUUCAGGACCUGGGCAAUGUGUGUCCAGCAGACUUCGAUCCCAGCUGCGGGCUACCACGCGGAGAGACGGACACAGCUUUCCCGUACACGCCCUGCUGGAUAGGCGAGUUUCCUGGAAACGAACUAGAAUCGCUACUUGAAGAUGAGGAGCUAUCUAUGAAAAAGUUGGAACUAGAAGAGGAAUCCAACUUUACCUGUAUGGACGAGUAUGAGUUGCGCAAGUUCUGUGGGCACGCCAAGAGGGUCAAGGACCGUACCGCCAAGAUUCGUCACAGGCGCCGUACAACGGCUCGGUAG